GUGAAAGUCAAAUCAAUCAGUGAGUUAGUGAGAGAUGUCGGGUAAAACUAACAAUAAGCACACUUCUCGUACUUCUCGUUGCAAAUCGCAUCCAUAUGCAAGCAUGCACAGUGAAAAGCACGGCGGCAAUCGACCUUUGUCUUCCAAAAGCAGUGUUGAUGUGUGGCCAUCAAGGACUGGUGAAAUUUUGAAGGACGAACUUGCCUUGUAUACCGAAAGCUACUUCUACGAUUGUACUUUCGAAGUUGCCUUUCAGACAACAUCAAAGGUCUUCAAGUGCCACAAAUUGAUUCUUGCCAGAGCAAGCGUCCCUUUUGCUACAAUGCUGUAUGGAGACUUCAGCGAGUCGUCAAAAGACAAAGAUGACCCUAUCCAAAUCACAAGCGUUGAAGCCAAUGCUUUUGAUAUUGCCAUGAGAUACAUCUAUGGUGGUGAAACUGACUUUCAAGAUGUACCAACAGCUUGCAAAGUCUACAGAUUUGCUCAUGAGUGGCUGUUGAACAGUUUAAUGACGGCUGCCUCAGAAUUUCUAAAAAAUCCCAGCCCUGAUGAUGUCAUUACUGUGCACGAGAUGUACAAAACCUUCAAUGAUCACUCCCACUCGGAAAAACUACUCUCAAUAAUUGCUGCCAACACCAGCGCUGUUCUGAAGUCUGCAGCUUGGUUGAAAUCGACUUCAUCAACAGUUUUGGAAAUCUUUAAAAUGGAAUACUUGAAAGUUGGAUCAGAGGAGGAGCUCUUUGAGGCUUUGUUUGCUUGGGGAUCUGCUGAUGGCAAUACAGGUGAAACCAUUACUGAUGAAGACGCUAUUAGAGCCAAGACAAGUGAUGCUUUAAAAUUAAUUCGCUUUAUGACAAUUGACUCUGAUAAAUUUGGAGAACUCUGCAACUCAGAUUGCGCUAAACUAAUGACUGAAAAAGAUAGGUUAAAAGUUUUCAUGAGCAUCAACCUGUCUGACAAAAGACACUUGCCAGAAAAUUUCUCAGUAAUUCAAAAUCAUCGGAAACUCAACCGAAGUGAUGUCAAAAUUAUUCUUAUUGGCUCGUCAAAGUCGGUUGACUCGGAUGCAACUGUGAGCAAGAAUGAGAAAUCAGUUUUCACAUUUGCAAUCAAAAAAUGCAACAGAUUCUAUCUGAGAGGGGUUCAAUUGCAAUGCCUUAGCCAAACAACCAAAUUUGUUCACCUCAUUUGCAAACUAACCCAAGCUUCCUCACCUAGAGUCCUUGCAUCGGUCUUGUUCAAAGGCAUAAAUUUGAAAAGCAAUCAAAAUUGGCUCCAUUUUCCAAUUGAGGUUCAUAUCAAAGAGAAUAUCUUGUAUACCCUUACAGUUGAAUAUUUCCACAAUGAUCCAGUGCCUUCCAAAACCAGCAGCAACAUUGGCCAAAAUGUAUUUUGGUCUGACAGUGACUUGCAUUUGAUAAUGCAAAAUGCGAGUAACACAGUGACUGAUAUUGUUGGUUUGUCUUUUUACAAGUCGUGAAUAUAAAUUGUGGAUCCUCCUUUAAAGUAUAAUAUUGCACACAGUCAGACAAUAUUAUCUAUGAUUUGCCAACUAGUUAAAUCUUUAAACUCAAAACAUUGUUUACAUGUAUCAGUUAAAAGAAAUUUGCUGGUUGGAAUUUUCCUCAGAUUGCUAUUUUAAAUUGAAUGCUGAUAGCAACCACUUAUAAUAAUAAAGAAUUAAAGAAAAAAAUAUAUUUUCAAUAAGAUGUACACUUUUGGUUGCAAAAAUAAAA